AACAUUGCACGUGCCCGCUGAACGCACAAGAAAAACAAAUGGCCUCCGGCUCAGAAAAAUCGGUGGUUCCCCGACUGCACAAAUACUAAAGUAAGAGCAAAAAUGAUAUAUGUCCAACUAUAAAAGACUCCGCUUCAUCCCUCACUAGCAUCAGUUCUUGAGUCUUCUCGUUCAGACAAAGUCGAGAGCAUCAGACUGAAGAAUGAAGUUCGCAAUUUUUGCAUUGUUGGUUGUGUUCGCCAUUGUGGCUACCGCUGAACCUGCUGGGGUUCCUAGGCCACGCCCGGUCAAGCCCAUUCGUCCUAGGCCUCCGGUGAGACCAGUGAGACCUCAUCCGCGCCUUCGUCGAUCACCUGAACCAGAGCCGAGUCGUCCAAAACCUCUGCCAGUGCCUCCCCGUCCACCACAUCCCAGACUUCGUCGUGCACCUGAGCCCGAGCCAAGUCGCCCAAAACCCCUGCCAAUACCUCCACGUCCACCUCAUCCCAGACUUUAAAUCAACACAUAGAGUGCGGCCUCAGUGUCAAGAUGGACCAUUUUCUGGGGGCAAAACUACUGGAUGUAAAACGAUCGUAAUAUUGAAUUCUUCAACAGACAUUUAUUAUUGUGUAUAUUGUACUAUGCAUUCUCCAUGAUAAAUAAAUAGCCAGACAGUACAAAAUUUUA